GGUGCCGGAUGGACUCUGACCCCGGAAGAGCCGGCGGCGCGGGGCCCUCCAGGUGCCGGUGAUGCGGCAGCUCCCGGCGCGGCGCCCAGGCUCACCAUGGCAGACCCCUGCAGCCUCCCCCCCGAGGUCCUGGUCCCCGCCACCAACGAGACGCUGGAGCUGGCGCUGGGCGCCCGCGUGGCGCUGAACUGCACCGUGCGCUGGGCGGGUACCGGGCGCUGCCAGCACAGCCCCGCCUGGAGCAAGGACGGGCAGUGGCUGGGCAACGGCAGCAGCCAGGACACGGCCUGGUUUGCCCCGAAUGCCUCGGAGCAGCUCCUCAGCAGCGUCCUGCAGCUCAACCUCACACAUGACGGCGACUUCGGGGUGUUUGCCUGCUGGGUCAGCAAUGCCACGGCCACCUUCACCCUGCGGAGAGCAGAGGUGGCAGGGCACGUACCCGCGGUGCUGGCAGCCCUCCUGGUCCUGGUGCUCCUCAUGCUGGCCGCUGGGCUCUACGUGCACUGCCGCCUGAACGUGCUCCUCUGGUACCGGAACCGCUAUGGAGAGCUGGAGAUCAACGACGGGAAGCUCUACGAUGCCUACGUGUCCCACGCCACCGCCCCCGAUGACCGCAAGUUCGUCCACUUCAUCGUGAAGCCGCAGCUGGAGACCCGCUACGGAUACAAGCUCUUCCUGGACGAGCAAACCAUCCUGCCCAAUGCAGAGCCAUCGGCCGACCUCAUCAUGAACGUGAGCCGGUGCCGGCGCCUCAUCGUGGUGCUCUCCGCCGCGUACCUGGAGCAGGACUGGUGCAACAGCAGCUUCAGGGAAGGGCUCUGGAGGCUGCUGGAGCUUUCCAAGAAACCCAUCUUCAUCAUCUUCGAGAGCCAGUACCGGGAGAUCCAGCACCCCGCCAUCACCCUGCUCAAGCAGCACCGCGGUGCCGUCACCCUGCUGCUGUGGCGAGCGGGCUCCAUGACCCCCUCGUCCGACUUCUGGAAGGAGCUGUGCCUGGCCCUGCCCCGCAGGGUCUCCUUCCAGGGGCCCGUGGGGGACCCGCAGACCCAGCUGCAGGAGGACAAGGACCCCAUGCUGAUCCUGCACAGCAGCUACCUGGACAGCGGCGAAGACCUGCACCCGGAUGGGGACCUGGGCCUCCGGGAGUGCGUGCUCAGGAGCCCCCCCCCUCCCCGCCUGGCCGCGCCGGUGCCUGCCGCUGGCACGGGGCAGGCGCAGCUCCGGGAUGGGCAGAGAGCAGAGAUCGACGUCUCGGACCUGGGCUCCCGCAACUACGGCGCCCGCACGGAUUUCUACUGCCUGGUGACGGAGGAGGACAUCUGA